AUGUGUCGUAUCCCUCUGGAUGACUCUCAAAAGUUAAAGGUAUUAACGUCGAAUUCUGAAAAUGACAGUUACAAGAGCCUUCAUCAGAAGUCAAUCCUGGUAGUCUGUCUGAUCUCCCACUUCGAAGGCACCAACGGAAAUAACUGUCACAGUCAUCGGGAACAGGAUCAUUUCCCCGUGCUUGUUCACGUGCCCAGGGGGCCAGAUAGCCCUAUUUUCAACAAGACACCCAUAGACCUCAGCAAGAGUACCGUAUCCUAUACCAUAAAGUGCAAUCGAAUAGCGGAGGGCCGAAUUUCACAUCUAAUGAGGGGCAUCAAUGUUCUGAAGGCGCUCAAAGCGUUUACGCCAACGCUCGUACUUAAUCGAGUUGCUAUCAAUGUGUCCGCAACUUAA